AGUUUCUGGCAUCUCUGCUGAAGCUUUAACUUAUUCAGCUCAAGUGUGUAGAUGUGUACUUUUUUGUAGCCGUUCCAUCUAUCUUUCGGCAUUCCCCAAAGCUGAUUGUGAACAGUUCGGACAAGCCACGUUUAGCUGGAGAACUUAAGUAGUAGAUAUUCAACAAAGAUCAAACAACGUAGUUCGUCAAAAACAGCUAUCAACGCCGAGCAAUGAAUCCAUCGGAGUGGUUCAGCGAGAUCUCCGACGAGCUGUGGCCAGGCCAGUGCUUCUCGGUCAAGAUCAAGAAGGUUCUCCACGAGGAACGGUCCAAGUUCCAGGAUAUCAAAGUGUUCGAAUCGGAAUCUCACGGAACUGUUCUCGUGCUCGACGGCAUCAUCCAGUGUACGGAGCGGGAUGAAUUUGCGUACCAGGAGAUGAUCUCCUUUCUGCCACUAUGCUGCCAUCCAAGCCCGAAAAAGGUCCUCAUCGUGGGCGGUGGCGACGGUGGUGUGGCUCGCGAGGUGGUCAAGCAUCCGCUGGUGGAAGAAGUCCAUCAGGUUGAGAUCGAUGACCGGGUGGUCGAGCUGUCGAAAAAGUAUCUCCCGUUUAUGGCGUGCGGAUUCGAAUCUCCCAAGCUAAAGCUCACGAUCGGCGAUGGGUUCGAGUACAUGAAGCAACGCGAGGGAGAGUUCGACGUGAUCAUCACGGACAGUAGCGAUCCGAUAGGACCGGCGGCGUCUCUCUUCCAGGAAUCGUACUUUGGGCUAGCGAAAAGGGCACUGAAGCCCAACGGAAUAAUUUGCUCACAGGGUGGCACCUUUUGGAUCGACAAGAAACACGUGCGAGAAACGCUGGACCAUUGCCGGAAGCACUUCACCGUGGUCGGAUAUGGGGUGGCCAACGUUCCGUCGUAUCCGUCGGGACAGAUUGGAUUCUUUAUUGCGAGCACCAACGAUCAAACAAAACUGAGCGAGCCAGCCACAACUUUCACCGAUAAGGAAGUGGACGAGAUGAAGCUUCGAUACUACACGACCGAGAUCCACCGGACUGCAUUUACGCUGCCGAGAUAUGCGGCCAAAUAUCUGUACGACGAAAAGUGAAGCUGCCUUUAUCAUUUGGAAUGUAACACUUUUUUGGAUGAUGAUUUUUUGGUUAUUAUUUACAAAUUGUUAAAAGAUUCGGUGUGUACAAAGUGCAAAAAUGGGUACAAAUCUUAAUACAUUGCCUUAAAUUUAUCAAAUCAAUAAACGUUUGAUAUCUAUUCGCUAAA